AUGCCACCCUCCAAGACAGAAGUUGUCCUCACAGGAAUCGACAAUUGGGAUGACUGGCAGAAAUUUGUCGCAAGCUUAAUCGAUAUAGAUAUCUGGGAGGCAAUCAAGCCGAUCAAUCGAACGCAGGUUCUUCAGAAGAAGCCGAGACGGCCGCAAGCUUCAGACUUCAACCCGAAUGCCGAAUCAGAAGCCAACCUUACGGCAUCUCAGGUCAAUGCGUUCAAGCUCGCACGCGACAACUGGAAAGAUAGCUCCAAGGAGUAUGAGCUCCAAAAGGCGAACCUGAUCAAGGCCAAAAGUGUUGUCAUCAGCUAUGUGGAUGAAAGACUAGGUCGAUACCUCGAUCAAGACGAUGAUCUCCCGCGCUGGAUAGACAGUCUGGCGGUAGCGGUCAACGCUGAACAGACCAAGGCUGCUGAUGCACUCGUAAUGGAAUAUCAGCAGAUUAUUCAGUCUUUCAGUUGUACCGAUUCGACAACUUUCACCGACUGGAUCUGGAAGUGGGAGAAUUUCCUGCUAAAAGCGGCACGUCGUCGAAUGCUCGAAGUCACAGGCGGCCGCUGGUUAUUUGACAUUGCCCGCUUGAUGGCCAAGCAUAACGGCAACUUCACUGACAACUGCAGACAAGCUGCAGAGUUGUUUACGGCCAAAACCAAAGCCUACAACCAAAACUGCAAGAGGCUGCACUAG